UAUGUACGCACCUCAUCAUGCCACACCAUGCACAACCACAGAGCAGCAGCAAGCACACAAAAGAUACGAGAAGCCGCUAGCCAGCCAGCCAUGAAGUUCCUGCCUUCCAUAGCCGUCCUCCUACUCCUCUCCUGCUCCCUCGCGGCGGCCACGGUGCCGACCGGCACGAUCGAGCGCGUGUCCAAGCAGCAGAUCCUGGCUAGCAUCCCGCCGGGCGGGCAUGCCGGCCCGCCCGUUCUGUUCCUCACGUCUCCGUCCGGCAAGUACGCGGCCUACUUCGUGCGCACCCACACCGCGCCGGGCGCCGGCGGGCUCGGCGCUGACUUUUGCUACGUCGAGGUGAUGGCCGGUAGCGGCAAAGCGGCCGAGGGCGGUGAAGGAGGCGGCGCUGCCGGGGGCGCGAGCGCGUGGGAGUCGGAGUGCCGGCCGGUGAGCACGGUGAACACGUGCACCCUGCUCUUCUCGUGGCACGGGCUGGAGGUGUUCGACGGCAGCGAGGAGGUGUGGCACGGCGAGACCAACACCGACGGGACCAACUUCCUGCAGACGCUCGAGCUCGUGGACGACGGCGACAUGCGCGUCCGCGACAAGAACGGCGAGCUCGCGUGGCGGGCCAGCGACGAGCCGCGCCACGCGCAGCACUGCGGCGCGCCGGGGUCACCGGGCCUUGCGGCCGCGCUGCCGACCUUCGCCGAGCCCAUCGGCGCGCACAGCAGCAAUCUGCCGUUUGGCCAGGUGCAGGGCGGCAACGGCCACGCGGCCGAGCUGCCGCAGGCGGCGGAGCUCGGGGACGGAGUUGUUCCAGGGGCCGGAGCAGGUGGCUUGGGCGACGGCUAUGGCAUUGCACCGGCGGCAGGAGGAGUCGGAGGUGUUGCCCCAGGGGCAGGUGGCUUGGGCGACGGCUACGGCAUUGCACCGGGGGCAGGAGGCGCCGGAGGAGUUGGCCCGGGGGCAGGUGGCUUGGGCGACGGCUACGGCAUUGCGCCGACGGUAGGAGGUGUUGCCGCGGGGGCCAGGCCCUUCGGCGACGGCUACGGGAUCGCACCGGGCGCCGGGACAGGAGCCUUCGGUGGCGUCGGGGACGUUGCAGGACAUGGUGAAGCGGCGACGGCGGCCGGUGGUGUCGCGGGAGUGGCAGGGUUCGGCAGCCAGCCGCUGGUGGACAACAGCCCCUACGACAGUGGAGCCUACAAGAGCAGCCGUGGGGCCCAUCUCGUGGCCAUUGGAGCUGCGGUGCUUGUCAGCGCCAUGGCCGUGGGGUUCUGAACUUCUGAUCGGGAAGACGGAUUAGUGUGGCAGUUUGGAUAUGCGCGUGUGCGUUUUUCUUUUCAUGUGUUGAUAUUAGCCAUAUGCUGUGCUUGUGAUUGUGGGUGGUGCAAAAUUUGAAGCUGUAUUUGUGUGAUUUGAGUAAAACUCAAAAUUUAA